UGGCUUGUCCUAGCAGGGCUCGUGCUGGCCGCCAACACCGACUCAGUUAUCAUUUGGAAGCAAUGGGUUUAAAACCUUUUACCUACCCAUUUCCAGAGACGAGGUUUCUUCAUGCAGGACCCAAUGUGUAUAAAUUCAAAAUCAGAUAUGGCAACAGCAUCAGAGGGGAAGAGAUAGAAAAAAAGGAAGUCAUCUCCCAGGAGCUGGAGGAUUCUGUUCGUGUGGUCUUGGGAAACUUGGACAACCUGCAGCCAUUUGCUACAGAACACUUCAUUGUGUUUCCCUAUAAAAGCAAGUGGGAGAGAGUGUGCCAUCUGAAAUUCAGACACGGGGAAGUGGCCUUGGUCCCUUACCCAUUUGUUUUCACUCUCUAUGUGGAGCUGAAAUGGUUUCAUGAAAGUCUGUCACCUGGAAAACCAGUAGGUGACCAUACUCCUGGAUCGGUCCUCUCUGACCGGAAGGUCGCAGGAGCCAUGCUGCGCAAGCGGAGAUGCCCGGAAGUGCCCAGCUCCGCCAGCGUGCCAGGGCUGGCCAGCAUCAAGAUGGGGACUUCCAGCCAAGGCCCCAGGAAAAAGAAGCCUCUCGCAGAAACCAGGAGGGAUAGGGAAAGAAAAACCCAGCUGGAAUGGCAGGAGGCCCCAGCGUUUGAUGGCGCCGACGGCCCGGAGCAGGACUCUGAGUUGGGGGGCCGCCUCGCAGCGCAGAUUACCCCACCACUCCAGCAGAACCAUGUGCCUCGGCCUAGAGGACCAGCGGAGCCAGGAAGCGGUGGCUUCUUCGGCUUCCUCAGCUCUCUCUUCCCGUUUCGGUAUUUCUUCCGAAAGAGCGGCCAGAGGGCCUUCCAGCCGCAGCGGCCUGCUACCGGGCGUCCUCCCUGCUCACGGCAUUCCGGUCUUGGGAAAUGAAGGCCCCAGAGCCCCUGAGUCCUCCUGUGACUGUCCUGUCUUUUGCCCCUUUACAAUGAAAUGGAGUUUAUCCCAUUUAAAG